AUGAUGGGUUGGCUUCUUGUACAUGUUACCUUGCUUUCUUCUAUAAAGAUUUGGUACGCCAUUGACUUCCAAAGGUUCUCCAUCAACAACCUGGGCGAUCCUUUCAUCGAGAGCAACUACGGCGUGCACUCCAGGCAGUUUGAGGUCACCGUGCUUGACUGGUGCGCUCACCUCUGGGACCUCCAGCCGGACAACUACUGGGGCUACAUCACCAACUGCGGCACCGAGGGAAAUCUACACGGCCUACUAAUCGGGAGAGAGCUUUUUCCUGAUGGGAUUAUAUACACGUCCCGUGAGUCACAUUACUCCAUCUUCAAGGCGGCUAGGAUGUACAGAGUUGAGUGCAUCAAGAUCGACACUAUGGUAACUGGAGAGAUGAACUGCGCAGAUUUCGAAUCCAGGCUGAUGCAGAACCCCAAGAGUCCAGCGAUUAUCAACGUGAAUAUAGGGACAACCGUCAAGGGAGCAAUUGAUGACCUUGACAGGAUUAUAAAAACACUUGAAAAAUGUGGAUUUCAAGAUCGAUUUUACAUCCAUUGUGAUGGUGCUCUGGCCGGCCUUAUGAUGCCAUUUAUCAAACAAGCACCAAAGGUGACAUUCAAGAAGCCUAUUGGAAGUGUGUAUUUCAACAAGGAAGGAGGAUACAUUCUAAAGGGUCUGAGUGAGAUGGAUCUUGGAAGUCUGUUAUUGGGAUGCCCGGUGCCAUGUGGUGUGGUAAUAACAAGGCUCGAGCGCAUAAAAGUUCUCUCUACCGACAUCGAGUGCAUAUCAUCUAGAGAUGCGACUAUCAUGGGGAGCCGGAACGGGCACACACCGAUGUUCAUGUGGUACACGCUGAACAAGAAGGGUUACCGAGGCAUCCGUGAGGAUGUCGAGAAGUGCUUGGCAAACGCUCAUUACCUUGCGAACCGUCUCAAGGAGAUAGGAGUAAGUGUGUCCCUGAAUGCAUUGAGCAGCACGCUAGUUUUUGUAGUCAUGCCCAACGUCAGCAUAGAGAAGCUCGACGGCUUCGUCAAAGAGCUCGUGACUAAGCGAACUUCAUGGAAAGGAGGCAAAGGGUUUAGUGUACCUUGUGUUGCAACGGACAUAGGGAAAGAUAGUUGUCUCUGCGGUGUGCAUACCAAGAAUUUGAGGACCUUCCAAGAUUAG